CAAAAGGAGUUGGAAAGACAAAAAGAGAAAGAGAGAGGAGCGAAAGAGAGAGGAAGAUCCGACCGCAUCGACGUAUAAAUGCUUUGUCGCUCGGUUCCGUGAGUGCAUUCGCUCCGCGCGAUUCCUCCCGUAAACAUCAAAAGAGAGCUUUCACAUCUUCAUUGUGUAUUAUUUUUCUUUUAUUUCCUAAAUUUUUUACAAGAUAAACCGAUCGAUAAAUUUUUAUUGAAACAAAGAAGAAGAGGAAAAAGAAGGAGAUAAAAAAAAAGAAGAUAUAGCUAAUCGAACGCAAAUGAAUAGCUCAUGGCGAAGAACUCUCGAAGGUUUUUACCAUAUCGGUCGUACGAUCGGUUUAAAAGAGGCAUUUUAAAAGAAAAAAAAUACGCAAGUACGUAAAUACGUUUUGAAGAAUAACAAGAUAGAAAUUGCAUAAAUUUAUUUAUUUUUUUCUUUUUUUUUUUUUCAUCAAAAAAAAACUAAAGAAGAGAGGCAAGAAACGCAGAGUCUCCUCGAAGUGUGAUACAUAUACGUAUAUAUAUAUACAUAUAUAAGAUGUUCUUUUAAUAUUGUGAUCAUCGAACUGUGAUAUAUUCGCGACUACAUUUGUAUUCUAUAUAUAUAUAUAUAUAUCCGGUGAUAAUUUGUACAUAUAUAAAUAUACAUAUAUUCGUUCGACUCUUUGUCUUUUCAACGAAGAAAAUACGUGACAAGUGAUCAUCAACGAAGAGGAAAAGUAAAAGAUAAAAGAAGAAGCAGAAGAAAUAUCGACGUCAUGGCUGAAAAAACAUCAGAUUUAAACGAUGUAGAGAAGACAUCGUUGGUAGAUUCAGCAUUACUACCAAAAAUACAAACACCCACAUUGGAUGAUGGGAAGAUUAAUUUAACAGAAAAUGAUACGCAGAAGGACCCAGAAAGUGCAAGACCUAUCAACAAAGGUAGUGCUGUAAAACAAGUUUUAGCGGCAUUGGUAGCUCAACUAGGAACCAUCAACACUGGAAUGACCUUUGGCUUCUCAGCUAUAGCACUUCCUCAACUUCAAGAACCUAAUAGUACGAUUCCAAUCAUUCAGGGAUCGGCAGAAGAAUCUUGGAUAGCUAGCAUGUCAUCCAUCGGUACUCCAAUUGGUUGCUUAGUAUCAGGAUACAUGAUGGAUAUGUUUGGAAGAAAACGAUCCUUAAUUAUCACCGAAAUUCCAGCGUUACUUGGCUGGAUAUUAAUAGCAACUGCAACCGACAUUCACAUGAUCUAUGCCGGAAGAUUUUUUGUUGGACUUGGAUCCGGUAUGGUGGGUGCACCAGCUCGAGUCUAUGCUAGCGAAGUGACUCAACCACAUCUUAGAGGAAUGUUAACAGCAAUGUCAAGCGUUGGUGUCAGUACGGGUGUUCUGAUAGAAUACGCUCUAGGAAGCCUUCUCUCAUGGAAUCUUUGCGCAGCCAUCAGUGGAAUUCUUCCACUUGCUGCUUUAUUACUAAUGUUCAUUUUUCCUGAAACUCCGUCUUAUCUAAUUUCUCGAAAUAGACCGGAUAAAGCGAGAAAAGCUUUGCAACAAUUCCGUGAUAAUAACUAUAACAUUGAUCAAGAAAUGGAAGUGUUAGAAGAAUUCUCCAAUAAGAAUAAUCUCAAACGAUUAACUGGAUUACGUGAAAUUGUUAGCGCACUUCUUAAACCUAAUGCUCUUAAGCCGUAUGCUUUGCUCUUUAUAUAUUUUUUGAUUUACCAAUUUUCUGGUACGAAUGUGAUAACAUUUUACGCGGUUGAAAUUUUUAACGAUUCCGGAACAACGAUAAAUAAGUAUUUGGCAGCAGUCAUUUUGGGAAUAGUAAGAUUAAUAUCUACGAUAGUUGCUUGUAUUGCGUGCAGACGUUGUGGUAGAAGAUUACUUACUAUGGUGUCGUCUGUGGGUUGUGGUUUGUCUAUGAUUGGAUUAGGUGGCUAUAUGUGGUUAAAGGAAUAUUGGGUAAUAAAUCAAUUACCAUUCAUGGCUACGUGGAUACCACUUUUCUGUAUAUUUUCAUAUACAAUCACAUGUACUCUUGGAUUUUUAGUCAUUCCUUGGAUAAUGAUCGGAGAAGUAUAUCCCGUACAAGUCCGAGGUAUUAUAGGUGGCUUAACGACAAUGACCGCCCAUUCUUUUAUCUUUAUAGUUGUUAAAACGUAUCCUUUCUUUGUUAGUGCGUUCACGAGUCAUGGUACUUUUAUUUUUUAUGGUUGUAUUUCAUUAUUUGGUACAAUAUACUUUUACAUAUGUCUCCCCGAAACCAAAGGUAAAACUCUUCAAGAAAUAGAAGAUUACUUCUCUGGAAGGAGCAAUAGUUUGUAUACUGGAAAAAUACGUAACAAUCCACAAGUAUUAGAAAUUAAAAAGGGGCAGGUUUUGCCUUGAUAUUGUUGAUAAAUUUCAUUUUCUAAGAAUAAUGUUUAUGUGUAUGUAAAGAUUCUGCAAUUAUUCUGUCAUAUGAUGCCAAUGACUAUUUAAACUUGUACAUUUCUGUUUCUCUCUUGUUUUAUUUUUCUCUUGUUUUCUUAUUUUUUAACAAAUUCAGAUGAUACUACGAAAAGUUGACUUAAUUACUUAGUAUCAAGUACCUUAUAUUUCAACUGUGAUCCAUUUUUUCCACCAAUCGUUCUAGAAACUUCUUAGAAUAACUAAAUCUGUCAUUUAUAGCCUUUUUUAGAGAAUAAUAUGAUAUUUCAAUUUCAUAGGGAUUAUAUUUAAAAUCCUCAUUUGUUCUUGAUAUUUGAAUUGCCUUUUCAAUGGCAUCACAUAUGUUCAUCUUAUUCAUUAAUAUUGUACACAUGUAUACAUAUAUAUAAUUUAUUUUAGUUUUAUUUUAUUAAUUUUCUAAAUCAUGAAUUAUUUUACAGCACUUGUAUAUCUUACUCAAGUAAAUAUGACUAUUUUAUUAUUUAAUCUUUUGGAAAUUUUUCAUAAACAAAUUAAAAUGAUUUAACAAAUAUGAUAUAUAAAGAAAAAAAUGAUGUCCAAUGUUAUUUAUUAUUAUAGACGAUCGAUAUAACUUUGAUAAAAAAAAUAAACAAAAAGUGAAAAAUGAAUACUUUUAAAAAAUUAUAAGGGGCAAUUGCAGCAUCUAAAAGACUUAAACAAAUCUAGCCACAAUGACUUAUGUAUUUUAGAUAGGAUAAUAAAUUUUUUAGAUUUAUAUGUUAUACAUACUCGUUGAUAAGAACAGAUACAGAUAUAUUUAUUAGAAUCAAUAUCACAAAUCUGUACAGUUAAAUACAAAAUAAUACUUUAAUUAUGCUAUAAAUAUUUUUUAAUAUAAUAUAUGUAAUAUUUUAACAUUUUUGUAAAUGCGUACAACAGAAUUACUCAGGCAUAUGAUUUAUUAAAAAAAAAAAUAUAUAAUAAUAAUAACAAUGCCUUUGAAAGUACAUUUACCAUUAUUUCUAAUAAACAUAUUCCUAUGUACAUUAUCGGUUGUACAAUUAAACAAAAGGUGCUAUUAAUUGUAUAUGAUAUAGUAUUAUUUUAUAUUAUAAUGCUUGUAUAUAAAUAACUAAUGACCGUGCAA